GACCGUCACCACCCUCUGCCCUACCAUCGCCUGCGCGCCCCCGAGCUCUUAGCAAAGCUCUAGGAUCCCCCUCUUCUUCUUUUCCUUUUUACUUUCACGAAUUAAUCGCCAGCCAUGGAUGACGAAGUCGCUGCUCUCGUUAUUGACAAUGGUUCCGGAAUGUGCAAGGCUGGCUUUGCCGGUGACGAUGCCCCUCGUGCCGUCUUCCCGUCCAUCGUCGGUCGUCCCCGUCACCAGGGUGUGAUGGUUGGUAUGGGUCAGAAGGACUCCUAUGUCGGCGACGAGGCACAGUCGAAGCGUGGUAUCUUGACCCUCAAGUAUCCCAUCGAGCACGGUAUCGUUACCAACUGGGACGACAUGGAGAAGAUUUGGCAUCACACCUUCUACAACGAACUCCGUGUCGCGCCCGAGGAGCACCCCAUCCUGCUCACGGAGGCCCCCCUCAACCCCAAGGCCAACCGUGAAAAGAUGACGCAGAUCAUGUUCGAGACGUUCAACGCCCCCGCGUUCUACGUCGCCAUCCAGGCCGUGCUCUCCCUGUACGCCUCCGGUCGUACCACCGGUAUCGUGCUCGACUCUGGUGACGGUGUCACGCACACUGUCCCCAUCUACGAGGGUUUCGCGCUCCCGCACGCCAUUCUCCGUCUGGACCUUGCCGGUCGUGAUCUGACCGACUACCUCAUCAAGAUCCUUAUGGAGCGCGGCUACCCUUUCACGACGACUGCCGAGCGUGAAAUCGUCCGUGAUAUCAAGGAGAAGCUUUGCUACGUCGCUCUCGACUUCGAGCAGGAGCUCCAGACUGCUGCGCAGAGCAGUGCUUUGGAGAAGAGCUACGAGCUUCCGGACGGUCAGGUUAUCACUAUCGGUAACGAACGGUUCCGUGCUCCGGAGGUGCUCUUCCAGCCCGCCAUGCUGUCGCUAGAAGCCCAGGGUAUCCACGACACGACGUACAACUCCAUCUUCAAGUGCGAUCUCGAUAUCCGUCGCGAUCUGUACGGCAACGUCGUGCUCUCCGGUGGUACCACCAUGUUCCCGGGUAUCGCCGACCGUAUGCAGAAGGAGUUGACGUCGCUCUCGCCGUCAAGCGUGAAGGUCAAGAUCGUCGCGCCGCCCGAGCGGAAGUACUCCGUCUGGAUCGGUGGGUCCAUCCUGGCGUCGCUGUCGACGUUCCAGAACCUGUGGUGCUCGAAGCAGGAGUACGACGAGUCAGGUCCGGGGAUUGUGCACCGCAAGUGCUUCUAAACGAUAUAAUAAUGGUGCUGCUGGUGCUUUGGUUUUGUGGCUGGAGCGCGUCUUACGUUACGUUACGAUGGUGGUUUUCGGCUCGCGUUUAGUUCCCGCCCUCCCGUGAUUCUUUUCUCCUUUCGCUGCAUAUUUUUACCUGUUAGUUACAGAAGAGAAUAAAAAGGCAGGAAUUGUAAUGCAGAGGUGCAUGUGAGAUCUAUUGCGGUGGCUGUCUGUAAG